AACAACCGGCUUUGUGGCACCGUACUGAAACAGGCAUUGACAAAAUCAAGAGGCAUCAUGAGUUCAACUCCAGUGACAGAAACUAAAAUCCUUGAAUCCUUGAACCACACCAUAAUCCCAACUUUGUCUCCAACAUCUUGCAAAGAUGCAACAUGUAUUUUCUUUGCAGUAGCAAACGUGAUCAUCUUAGUCACGGGUGUUGCCGGAAAUGGUUUGGUGAUCUGGAUUGCAGGGUUUAAGAUGAAGAAGUCCGUCCUCAGCACCUGGUACCUGAGCCUGGCUGUGUCUGAUUUCCUGUUUUGCUGCACCUUGCCCUUUGGUAUCGUCUAUGCGGUCAAAAAAGAGUGGCUCUUUGGGAGCUUCAUGUGCAAGAUCAGGUAUUUCGUCAUGUUCAUCAACAUGUACAGCAGCAUCUUCCUCCUUGCCAUCAUCAGUGUGGACCGCUGUGUGGUCGUCAUGUUUCCAGUGUGGGCGCAGAACAAACGCACCGUGAGAAAGGCCACAGUGAUGGUCAUUCUAGCUUGGAUCAUGUCAGCAACACUUAGCGUGCCAAUGGCCAUUUUUCAUAACCAAAAAGAGAAGCUUGUUGAUAACCACAUGAAGAGGUUUUGUUCCAGGAAUUACAUAAACUAUCAAAACCAACUUGCAGUAGUGGCAAGCCGAUUUGUUUUUGGAUGUCUGAUCCCGUUCUUGAUCAUUUUCAUCUGUUAUGUUGUCAUCAUUCGAAAGCUGAAGUCCAACCAGAUGAUGAUAUCCAAAAAGCCAUUCAAAAUCAUGACCGUACUGAUUGUUACAUUUCUGAUCUGCUGGCUGCCUUUUCACAUUUUUUCUUUUUUGGAAAUGAAAAUUUUCAGUCGUUUUAUUGGCUUUGGAAAAGUAUUUGGUGUUACUCUUGCCAGCGCCAACAGCAUUUUGAACCCGAUUCUGUAUACGUUCAUGGGGAAAGACUUUAAGAAGCAGUGUUAUGCAAUUUUGUCAAAAAUUGAAAAUGCACUUCAGGAGGACGAGGGCCAUGACACAGUCCAAGUGAUCGCUUUUACCACCUCAGAAGAACGCAGACUUCCAACUACUGUUCAGUAACUGUGUUUCACCCCAAAAGCAAUUUUCAUUCAAUUCAUUUGAUAAUUAUGGCAGUAAUGCUACAUUUAAAACCUUCAUUUUGCGCUGAACAAUUUUUGGUUUAUGAUGGAUCAGGGAUCUUGAAAGCUUUACAGUGGACAAAUGUUAUUCUUUUUUUUUUUGAGUUGAUGCACCGGAAUCUGCAAGGAACACUCCUUCAUCCAAAGAAACUAUUUGUUUUAAUGUUUUUUUUUUAAUCUUUAUUACUUAUAUCACUUUUAAUUGCUAGCAAUAAUUGUAACCCAUGUGUUGCUAAUUAAGUUACCAGUCACCCUCUACUUCAUCCAUACUUGAAAAUCAGGACUGCCAUAGGACCUUCAUCCCCCAAAUAUUCUCAGCACAACCUUGACACUCCAACAAUAAAUGUUAUGUUGGUGCUGCAAUGAGUGUAUUAGGAGUGGUGGACCAUUCUCAACCUAGCAGGUGAGAGCACUGACGCAUGUAAAAACCCUAGCAAGACUGCUGUUGCCCUAUGUCAGUGUCUCUGCUGUGCUGAGAUUGGUCCACCAAACAAAUAAUAUCUAGUCAGUGGUGGGCCUGUGGAGGAUAUGCUGGCUGAUGAACUGUGUGGCAGCUGAGAGGACAGUCAGUAUUUGUAAACCCACAUCUAUAUAAUAGGUGACAUCACAACAAGCUAUUAUGAAACCUUUUCUCAGAACAUUAACAUAAGAAGACGUGAGGAAAAAUUCCAAGAGGCUACCAGUUAGUUUGAAAGAUAGCGUUCAGUUUUUUAAGAAUGAAACAGUCUGUACUCCAGUCACUAUUAGGGGUGCCCAAUACUGGUCCUGGAGAUCCACCAUCCUGCAGAGUUUAGCUCCAGUUAUACCUCAUCACACCUGAUCCAAGUAAUAAAGGCCUUUUGAGGCAUUUGAAUAUUGGACCAGGUG